UUCCCGGUCUUUAAAAGGCUUCGAGGAACCACCACAUAACAACUGGGAUGAUGCCCUGUGCAACUACCCAUUGAGAGAAGAUGGCAAGGACUAAGCAGACGGCCCGUAAAUCUACUGAGGGCAAGACCCCAGAGAAGCAGGUGGCCGCCGGGUCUGACCAGGGUGCAAGUGGGGGUAGCACGGGACAAGGGGCUACCAAGGCUCCAUCUUUUCCAUCUAAAGCUCCACAGCAACAAUUACUACAGCAACAAGUGCUACCACCACCACCGCCACCACCACCAUCUAAAGCUUACAAGGGCAGUGGUAACAAAUCACCGCCACCACCACCUUCUAAAGCUUACAAGAGCGGUGGUAACAAAAGUAUUGACAGUGGAGAAGAAGAACAAGAAGAAGAAGAAGAUGACUUUGACGAACAGGAAACUCCAAACUAUUUUCCAAAGAAGGAAGCGUCAAAUUUUCAGUCAAAGUACCAGUCACCAUCUAGUAAACUCAUGGACAUCCUAAAUCCCCAUGUAUUGCAAAACCAGAAACAAAAACUGCACCGCAUAACAGAUCCAGUUACUCUGACCCGAGUUGAGAUUCUGGAGUCCUCAACAGAUUUUGGAGCAUUGAGCAUGCAACAGUGUUUGAAUUUCCUGAAGACGCAGAGCACAAAUGCGGACGUCACAGAGAUGAAGUUUGGUGGGACAGACCAGCUGACGGACGCGCUGUGGUACCUACUGGCCAACAUGAAAAUAACGUUUGGCUUGGUGUCACAUGUCUCUCUCACAGGAUGUUAUCACUUGACAAAUGCUGGUGUACGAUGGAUGACCAAGGUGUUACCCUCUGUAAAAUAUUUUGAGGUGUCUGGUUGCCCCCACAUCACAGAGGAAGGGCUCCAGUAUGUGAUCUGGGCCUGGGAGGGCUCCCUCUUGAAGAUCGACUUCACAGGGACUGGGGUUGGGGUCAUACCAGCCGGAUACGAGACCAGCAUCAAGCUCGAUGGGUGUCCCGUGCUGUCUCCUGUGAUGAAUGUUAACUUAAAGAGCAAAGCUAAAGAUCGUUCCAGCGGGCCUUUAUUUCCCGUCCCCUCCUACAAGAUGGUGUUCCUGUCGGACACUACUAUCCCAUACAGUCCCAUGGCCGUAUUUAGGGGUCAGAAAGAAGUAGGGGCCAGUAAAACACUGAAGAUUGAGAGAGAGGUCAAGAUCGGGGACAUGCUGAUUAACAUGUUUGAAGUGCCAGCUGAUUCUAUGUUUGUGGACCUGCUUGUGAGCAAGGGUAGCAUUGUUGUCCUGCCGUACCCAAUAUCAGCAGACGGAGUUGACCCAGACUACCCGGAAGUCAUUAUUACCACCAUGUCACGCAUUGUUGCCACGUGCCCAGACGUGGUGUUCAUACUUCUUGGCCUCACGUCCGAGGACGGUUCCCUGGACAGUGUGGCCUCUCAGUACCGCAGACUCAUCGACCAACAGUUAACAAACAGGGGAGAUAAGCUGGAGGAAAAACUGGAUGAAAGCACAAAGCGUGACCUCUUGUUGGGACGCCUGUUCUUCUUCGGACAGCAGCACCUGAUGCAUGGCCGGACCCUGUUUGACCGAUGUGAAGGCAUUGUGAACUCUAGUGAGCAUGCAUGGGCUCGCAGUGGCGCUUCACCUCUCAUUGCUUCUACAUACAUGAGUGUAAAUGACUCAGUAGAUGCAGCAUCACAAAGGACACUAGCUGAAAAUGUGUUGAAGUCGGCCAUUAAAUCUCUGACACACCAUUUUCCAUGGUACUUCACUCCACACCAUAAGGAACUGCAUAAAGCUGUGGUUGCUAUGGAUACCAUGAAGUUCAAGGUCACAGGUUUGAAGGCCGUUGCCAAGGAAGUCAGGGAAAAGGAUCCCAUCUGGAAAGAGUUUGGAGAGACUAAUACAAAAAUAAUUGCUGUUGUGGGGAAAGUGCUGGAUUUCAUGGGCUAUUGGGGAAAAGUUCUCUACUACCCAGACAUAGCUGGUGGUUGUGGUAUAAGCGACUACGCGUUCCUUCUGUCUGUGUAUGCUACGUUCCUGGACACUACCCCGCCCAGCGUAGCAUCAUGGCGAUACCUGGGGACCAAAGUUCCCUGCUGGACUGCCCAAGAUAUCAGUGCUGCAUUCCCUGACCAAGCUUCUCGGGAACUCCUCUUAGUUCUUCUUGAGAGCCGCGGUGUUCUGCUAUGUCUGCCCAAAGACCAAUGGACCACGGAGAUCGAGGCCACCCACGCCUAUGUUGUGAACAAACAUCUGCCACGCUUGCCUUGUGUAGACCUGGAGACAUUUUGGCAAGAAGCAGUACCUGUGGGUGAUUACGAGGUGGAGAGAUAUUUCACCUUUAUGCCUGGUGUAGCCAAUGCUUUCUUCCCCAGCGUCAUAAGAGACUGCCUGCAGCUUGGGGAUGUGCGGUUACUAUGGAAACAGGGCGUGGUUAUCCAAAAGGGCCCUAUCAUGAUCCUGCUUGAGAUGCUUAACAACCUUGAAAACUAUCCGACAUUGUUUAUUGGUGUUCGUCUGCUCAACUGCCCCCUGAAAUCUCGAGACUCAAACCCGCUUAUGGACAUCCUGUUGGGAAACCUGCGUGUGUACAAGGCUGUUAUAGAGGAACGCAUUCUCCACUACAAGUUGUAUGCACAUGAGACAAUCCCCUGCUCCACCUGCCUGCCUUCCAAGAACCGCUACAAGACCGUGAACGCACGACAGGCCGAGGUGUUCAUGGUGAGUGAGCAGUUCCUGGUAGCCCGUGCUGUUCAAGGUCGCGAUGUCACCUGUGGCAACGACGGGUCGCAGAUUGCCAGGGAUGACCUUGGCAACAAGUCCCAGUCACUGCGGGAGAUAGUUCCCCGCCAUUUCUUCCUGGGUUGUCUCCCUUCAUUCAGUGGGUACAACCGCUGCAUGUUCUGUGGGAACUGUGCCUUUGCUGGGGCACUUUGUGAGGGGAAUCUGAAAAAUGGGAAAACUGCAAGGAACUGCAGCUGCCAGCGAGAAGGUCAGAUGUGUGACCGCUGUGGGCUGUGCCAGAGGUGUGUCCUCCUGCUUGCUAGCAAGGAAGGAGCUUUGAGCCCCAAGUUCCAGAGGUCCGGGAGCGUAGUCAAUCCACAUUUGAAGGAAUACUUUUGUGAACAGGAGCUCACCCCGAAUUUCUCUCCACUUCUCGAGAUAAUGCCUUUAGAGACCAAUGAUGUGACCAUACGGAUGCAAAUGGGUUCUAUAGUGCUGCACUAUGAAUUAAAAACUGGCAAGAUAGAAGAGGUGUUUGGAUCUGCUUGCCAACAACUCCCUGAGUUUGUCUGUGAAAAGGGAUACAGGGUUACUUUGAAACUGGAGUUUAAUAAGGAUGACUUUGAUGAGAUGCAGCUGACCAUUGACCUGCUUGGCAGUGAGAUCUUCACCUACCGCACGUCCACCCAGAGUUGCGAGGUGUCCCUCUCCAGCACGAGCCCAGGGUCCAUCAUUAUCUACAUGCCACGCACAAAGAGGCUAGACACUGCGUGGAUAGACGAAUAUGGAGAGAAGGUUACCUGCUCCUACACUCCAGGCAUUGAGGAGUCCCAGUUGACCUGUGAGGUCUUCAUCAGCUGCAGUAAGGAAGACCUGCCUCUCGCCAAGAAACUGUCUGAGUACCUGCUUAGGCAAGGCUUCUCUACACUGAUCACCAAGGCAGGGUACACAUCUGAAGGACCAGCGUCCACAAGUGUCGGGUAUUCUGGGGCUCGAGUGGUCAUCUUGUGCUGGUCAGCAGCAUACUUGAUCGAUCAGUUUACCUGGAAUGAGGCCUUUGCUGCGUACAACAGCAAGAAGUCCCUGGUGCCAGUGCCCAUGGAGCGGUCAGUGCGGUCAGUAGGCCGCAGGGAGGCCUGGAUGGACCCACUUGUAGAUCAGCUCAAGUACAACUUUGACCCUGUCACUGAGGAAGACAAGCUGAUAGCGUUCUUACAGGAGAAGUUGACAGGCCUUGGUGUUCAGCCAGGCAAGAGAGGUCUAGCCAACAAUAGGGUCUCACUGCACAGUGCCCUGGAGGCCAAACUGCUGGCGGGGAAAGCCCAUGUGGAGAACACUCUCUUCCAGACUGGAGGAAUUAACUACUCGGGUGCUUCGUUCAUUACACUGCCGAGGCAGAUACAUGCCGACCUGCUGAAGUACCCAAGCUUACUGUCAGUAAAGGAGGAUCAAAGCUUCCGCCUGCUCUGUUACACCAGAAGUAAGUGUACAAAGUUUCCAUCUGCUCUGUUACACCAGAAGUAA